GGGCAAUGUCCAUGCACAUGCUUUGUCUCGUUUGAUUUCAAGUCUCCGGAUUCAUGCUUCCUCGCACUUACUGUGGAGGGACGCAGAAGUCGACCCGGGCCUAUCUUGGACUACGUGCAGCAUCUCCGGGUUUAAUAGCAGCCACUGGUCCGCCACGGCAUUACAGCACAGAGAUAUCUGGCGUGCCUCAGCAGCUGGACUUGCUGGAACGAUAUAGAGGUUUGGUCGCCUUGGGUCGGGUGAGAUUCGACGACGAACAAGUCAGGGUUAUUGCACAGCUCAGGAGGCUACAGAGAGAGCUAGACGGCUACGCCCCACCCGCAUUAGCGACACGUUACAUUCACCAUAGCGGCAGUGAGAGGGAACUCGGUGAUAACGCACGACCUUGGUGGGCCCCUGCAGACCACGCAGAAGUUACGGUAGAUGCGGAUACGGCGGCCUCGGAGUAUGGCGCACUCAUCCGCAUCCGUACUCAUGCAGAGGAGAUCGCGGCGCUGACCACCCCCAAAGGUCUUCUCCUCACCGGCCCCCCAGGCUCCGGCAAGAGCUUCCUGAUAGACCUCUGGUAUGCAGCCAUGCCUACUCCGUUCAAGGCGCGCAAGCACUACAGCGAGCUCGUGCUCGAGGUGUACCGUGCGGUCUGGGAGGAGACGAGGGUCCGUAUGGCCAAUGUACAUUCUGCCGACCCAUCUGCGUCUGAUCCUACUUCCGAAACCCUUCCUUGGACACGUUCCCUUCGCGAGCGCUGGCGCGGUCUGCUCGACACUGGGAAGCUGCCAACGAUGUGGGUCCGCAAGGCGACCCGCUUCGGGACAACUCCAUCCGCCGCCCAUCAGCCCCCCAUCGCGUUCGUCGUCGCGCAGCGUCUCAUUCUCCACCACUGGCUACUUGUCUUCGAUGAGAUCCAGCUGCUUGACGUAUCGAGCGCUACCCUGCUUGCUGACGUGCUCUCGUGGUUUUGGCGCAUGGGCGGUGUCGUCGUCGGCAGCUCGAACAAAGUGCCGGACGACCUCUACAAGAAUGGCGUGCAGAAAGAGCGGCUGGAGCCCUUUGUGGAGGCGCUGAAGGCGAGGUGCCCUGUGGUGCUCAUGCGUUCGGAGAAGGACUGGCGCGCCGAGAGGGCGAGCAGAUCCGAGGGUCAGGGCGCGAGUUGGUAUGUGUCAGGACAGGAUGAAGAGUUUGAGAAGAAGGUGAGGUCGUUUGUUGGACCCGACACCACCUCUAAGCCAGCAGAUCUGGUAGUGUUCGGUCGGAGAAUAUACGUCCCCUGGACUGCGGGAGGCGUAUGCAAGUUCGCCUUUGCACCAUUAUGUGAAGAGUCUCUAGGCCCAGCAGACUACAUCACUUUGGCAUCCGCAUAUCAUACCGUCGUUCUCACAGACAUUCCCAUCCUUAAGCUUUCGGCCAAGAAUCAAGCACGUCGGUUUAUCUCCCUCAUCGAUGCGCUCUACGAAGCAAGGUGUAGGAUUGUCUGCCUCUCGGAGACGAAGCCCGAAGGGCUGUUCUUCCCUGAUGCCCCUACUCCUGCGCUGGACGACGCCUCGGGCAAUGCUACCGGCCAUCCACCGCAACACGACGUCGACGUCAUGAUGGCCGAAGCAAUCGCAGAAACUCAAGACGUUUACAGACCUAACAUAUCUUCCUACGACGCGCCGAACAUGGCUGAGGCACCGAGGGCACCUACAUCUGCACUCGCGCUCGAUACGCUGUCUAUAUUCUCUGGCAAGGACGAGCAAUUCGCGUUCAAACGCGCCCUGUCCCGUCUCCUCGAAAUGACAAGCGAGAGCUACGCCCAAGAGGAACACUGGACUCCCCUCCCUCUCAGUUCACGCAAGUGGGAGCGCUCCGAGGCAGGCCGUAGCCACAAUACGACCCACUGGGAGCGUCCCCGGAGCACCGCACCUUCCAGCGACUUCGCAAUCGAGGCGGCGAAUGAGGGUACAUCGGGUCUACAGGACGGUCGGCCUGAAGCCCCGCGUCUGCAUGAGGCGCAUAUAUGGGGAGUACGCGACGACUGGGGUGAGCGCGCGAAGCAGUGGGGGCGCGGGGUGAAGGUAUACGAGGACUCGGGAGGAAAGGUCAACAAGGACAAGACUCCGGAGAAGCCUGUGUCAACUGGGCGUCAUCACAGCUACUGUAACCUGAAGAGAAUCGAUAGCCUUGUUAUGAAUGCGUCCGGUCACCCUGCACACAAAUAA